AUGGGCGUGAAGGUCGUGGCUAGUACUUGGGCUCGCGACUCUCACGACCUCUUCGACUUUGAAGCAAGUCAGCUGCAAACGCAGACUUUCACAGUCCCCAAUUCGGCAAAAUUUGUUCGGUCUGGAACAGAUGUCCAGAUGUUCACGGACAGCGAAAGCCCACCCGCAGGUGGGGAGCCUAUGCUCCGUCUAGUGCAGCGAGAGGGCUGCUAUUGGGUGGACAAGGUAGCUCCCGCCAGCAACAGUUCCAAGAAACUGUGGGUAGUAGUUCGUGAUCUGGCUACGUCCGGACAUAAGCUGUCAGAAAGCGAUGUGAUCAAGCUUGGCCGCUUCAAGUUCAAGGUUCGGCAGAUGGUGGCCUCUGAGUCAUCCGCCGUCCAGCCGGAGCUGCAUCUGGAUGAUUCUGCCGGGUCCACAUGCGACAUAGAGUCGGACCAUGAGACCCGCCUGGCUUCCACGUCUUGCCGUAUUUGCCUGCUGGAGGGAUCCUCUGAAGAUGACCCCCUCAUCAGGCCUUGCAAUUGCAGAGGGUCGAUUGAGUAUGUCCAUCUUGGUUGCCUCCGCCACUGGGUCAAGGGACGCCUCAACAUUGCGGAUACACCGGAAGGCUCGUACUUCUAUCGGCCGUUGCCUUGUGAACUGUGCAAGGCUGCAUACCCAGCCUCAGUUACCAAAGGAGAGGAUAAGAUGCCUCUUGUGGAGGUCCCGAAGACAAAGCCCCCCUUCAUUGUCCUCGAGAACAUGAUGCGUGAUGCGCAGCAGCACAGCAGCCGCGGCUUGCAUGUGGUGUCUCUUGCAGAGAACAAAGUCCUAAAGCUUGGUAGAGGCCACGAAAGCAAUGUGCGCAUUGCAGAUGUGUCGAUCUCGCGCUGUCACGCCAUAAUUCGCUAUCAGAAAGGCAGCUUCGUGCUGGAAGACCAUAACUCCAAAUUCGGUACUCUUGUGGCCAUGAAAAAGCCACGCCCACUUGAUCACAGCAGCGCUAUCUCGAUUCAGGUUGGGCGCACUGUUUUGUCGCUGUCUUUGCAGUCGGAGCCGCCUGGCGGGCCGGUCAAUAGCCCUGCCACGACAGAGGAAGAAACUCCAAUGCGGCAACUGUGA